CUUUCCAGAAACGAGCACAUGCUAAAGACAUUUCUUUCCAAAACAGGGUAAUUACGAGUAACCUGUGUGCACAGCUGAAAGCCCGGGGAGGAAUUUGGCAGGAUGAAGCCUGUCAUUGUGGUGCAUGGUGGAGCUGGACGGAUCUUUAAAGAACGGGAAGAGGGAAGCCGUGCUGGUGUUGUCAGAGCUGCGCUGCGAGGUUAUGGUGUCCUGAAACAGGGGGGCAGUGCCUUAGAUGCGGUUGAGGAGGCAGUACGAUCAAUGGAAGAUGAUCCUCAUUUUAAUGCAGGCUGUGGAUCUGUUCUAAAUGAAAAAGGUGAAGUAGAAAUGGAUGCAAUUAUCAUGGAUGGAAAAAAUUUAGACUCUGGAGCAGUAUCUGCAGUGAAGUGUAUAGCAAACCCAAUAAAACUUGCUCGACUUGUCAUGGAAAAGACAAAGCACAUGCUGCUGACUGACCAUGGUGCACACCUCUUUGCUCAGGCCAUGGGUAUUCCUGAGACUCCAGGGGAGAAACUCAUAACUGAGAGAUCCUGGGAGAGAUGGAGGAAGAACCUGGAGCCAGAUUCCAACCCUGAAGAGUUUCAGAAAGACCUUGGAACAGUUGGUGCUGUUGCUCUAGACAGUGAAGGAAAUGUAGCUUGUGCAACAUCCACUGGAGGACUCUCUAAUAAACUGAUUGGCCGUGUUGGUGACACAGCAUGCAUAGGAAGUGGAGGUUAUGCCGAUAACUGUUCUGGUGCCACUUCAACCACAGGACAUGGGGAGAGCAUUAUGAAAGUGGUCUUAGCCCGACUGAUCCUCUAUCACAUGGAGCAAGGCAUGUCACCAGAGAUGGCCGCUGACACUGCAUUAGACUACAUGAAGACACGAGUUGGGGGACUGGGUGGUGUCAUUGUUGUUAACAAUUCAGGAGAGUGGGCAGCAAGGUUCUCCACCAAGCAGAUGUCCUGGGCUACUGUAAAGGAUGACCAGCUGCAUUAUGGGAUUUAUGCCGGGGAGAGGAGUACAAAAUCUGUUGAUGAAGCACUUACAUCCGAAAGCGAGGGAUUCUGAGAAUGAAGAAACGUCGACUGAGGAAGAAUGAAGAUCUCCAAUUAUUGUUGGAGGACGAUGACAGUUGAUUUCAUCUUUCUGAAAGAUUGGUGCUCUCUUGAGUGGUUCACAGGCAU